GAGGACGUGAAUGUAUAAAUAAUAGGAGUCUCUUCAUCAUUUCCCCACACAUGAAACAAUUAUGGAAUCCUCUUCUCUUGUCUCCUUCUCAUUAAUCUUCUGCUCUAUUCUCCUCUCCUUUGCAUCAAAUGGAGUUGAAGCUCGAAAACUCCCAGCCAUUUCAUACUUGAUCAGUGAAGAUCUCUUUGCUUCUAUAUUCCUACACAAGGAUGAUAAUGCAUGCCCUGCUAGAAAUUUCUACACUUACAACUCCUUUAUUCAAGCCACGAAAUGGUUUCCAAGAUUCGGAAACAGUGGGGAUUUAGUCACCCGGAAGCGUGAAAUCGCAGCUUUUCUUGCUCAAAUAUCCCACGAGACGACGGGCGGAUGGGCUACUGCACCCGAUGGACCAUACGCUUGGGGUUUGUGCUUCAAAGAGGAAGUGAGUCCUCAAAGCAACUACUGUGACUCUACCAACAAACAAUGGCCUUGCUACCCUGGAAAAUCCUACAAAGGAAGAGGACCCAUUCAACUGUCCUGGAAUUUCAAUUAUGGACCAGCUGGCAAGGCGUUGGGUUUUGAUGGGCUAAGGAACCCAGAAAUAGUAGCCAAUAACUCCUUGAUUGCAUUCAAAACUGCUCUUUGGUUCUGGAUGACCGAGCAGAAGCCAAAACCCUCUUGCCACGAUGUCAUGGUUGGUAAAUAUGUCCCCACGGAAGCCGACUUGGCAGCUAACCGGACGGCUGGAUAUGGGUUGGUGACAAACAUAAUCAACGGUGGCCUUGAGUGUGGAAUACCCAACGAUGGACGUGUAAAUGAUCGAAUUGGAUACUUUCAGAGAUAUGCUCAGUUGUUUAACGUUGAUACCGGACCUAACCUAGACUGCGAAAAUCAAAAGUCGUUUUAAAGGGUUUCCUAGUUUUGUGAGCUUGUUAUUAGAAUAAUACAUAGGGCAGUGCUUGUGAUGCAAUUGUAAUUUCUAUCAUAAUGCUUUUGGACCGAAGGCUUCUCAAUGGAAUUUUCUGUUUUGUUUCAUGU